AUUUAGCCCUCCGCUGCAUGGCUGAAGGUGAAGUAGGUCCAAGUGUGUGUGAGAGUCACUCCUGUCUUCCAGUCCAGCACCAUGUCAUCCAGCGGACUUUUAACUAUGCGAGCUCACAUCUGCAAACGCCUGGCUCACAAGUACCUGUCUAGGACCUACGCAUCUGGCCCUUCUCUCAAUGAGGUCGUCAUUGUCAGUGCUGUCCGCACUCCGAUGGGAUCGUUCAAAGGGAGUCUGGCAGCAGUACCAGCCACCAAACUGGGCUCCAUCGCCAUCAAAGGUGCCGUGGACAAAGCAGGAAUUCCUGCUGAGGAGGUGAAGGAGGUCUACAUGGGCAACGUGCUUCAGGCAGGAGAGGGCCAGGCCCCCACAAGACAGGCCCUGCUCGGAGCAGGUUUGCCCCUCUGCACUCCAGCAACAACCAUCAACAAAGUCUGUGCCUCUGGGAUGAAGUCCAUCAUGAUGGCAGCCCAGAGUCUAAUGUGUGGACACCAGGAUGUGAUGGUGGCAGGAGGCAUGGAGAGCAUGUCCAAUGUUCCUUAUGUGAUGUCCAGAGAGACUCCAGUCUACGGAGGAGUGAGGAUGGAGGACCUCAUCGUCAAGGACGGCCUCACUGAUGUCUACAACAAAUUCCACAUGGGCAACUGUGCCGAGAACACUGCCAAGAACAGCAGCAUCACCCGGGACGAGCAGGACGCCUACGCCAUCAACUCAUACACCCGCAGCAAGACAGCGUACGAGUCCGGCGUGCUGGCCAAAGAGAUUGUACCAGUUAGCAUUCCCCAGAGAGGCAAACCUGAUGUGGUGGUGUCGGAAGACGAGGAGUGGAGGCGUGUCGACUUCAGCAAAGUCCCCAAACUGAAGGCUGUUUUCCAGAAAGAGAAUGGCACAGUGACGGCAGCCAAUGCCAGCACACUGAAUGACGGCGCCGCUGCUCUCGUUUUAAUGACUGCCGAUGCUGCAAAGAGACUCAACGUCACCCCGCUGGCCAGAGUUGUCUCUUUUGCUGAUGCUGCGGUUGCACCCAUUGAUUUUCCCAUUGCUCCGGCGUUUGCUGUACCAAAGGUCCUGGAGGCAGCUGGGGUGAAGAAGGAUGACAUUGCCAUGUGGGAGAUCAAUGAGGCCUUCAGCGUCGUCGCCCUGGCCAACAUCAAGAUGCUGGACAUCGAUCCCAGCAAGGUCAACGUCAACGGGGGAGCUGUCUCGCUGGGACAUCCCAUCGGGAUGUCCGGGGCAAGAAUUGUGGGUCACAUGGUGCACAACCUGAAGUCAGGCCAGUAUGGACUAGCAGGUAUCUGCAACGGAGGGGGUGGAGCCUCCUCUAUUCUCAUCCAGAAGCUGUAGGAUAUUUCACUGGAACCCUCUCCUUCAUAUCACCGGUUGUUUAUCUAUGUGUGAGCCACCUACCCGAUGUACUGUAGCAGGUUAAACAUUUUAAUAGACUCCCUUGGUCCAGCUUCAAUGUCAGCGGCCUUACUUAGCAGCAAACUCUUUGUACAUGAAAUAACAUGACUCCAGUGUUAAAGGCACUCCUUUGUUUGGUGAACUUCAGGUGCACAGAUGAAUCAAUAUUUAACUUUGAGUUGAAAAGAUUGAAUAAAUAGUUUGUAUGAAAUCAAA